GUGUUUGGCACAAUCCACUGUAAUCCACAAGGUGUUUGGUUUCGCCUUUAAUGGGUUUCGCACAGUAAACUUUACUUACACCCUACACCCAAAUACAGUCAUAUUUAUUUUACUCUUUGCUUUACACAGUAAAGCUUCUUUUUAAUUAAAGUAAGCAUGGGUAAAUCUAAGAAAUUAAAGCCCUCGCAGGUUGGAAAAAACAUAGCACUUGCUGACCAAAUAGAAUCUGUGAGUGCCGUGAAAAAUAAGAAUAGAGUCAAAGAAAGAAACAGACGAGACGACGAUGAAGAGUUUGUCAAUCCAGAGUUAUCUAAGAAGAUUCUAAAAGCUGCCCGGAGACAGCAAGCCGAGCUGGGGGAAGCUGGUGAAUCAUCAGCUGCUUCACAAGUUCUGCUUUCAACGUCAUUAAAAGAGGCACACUCCGAUAAUGAGUCCGGAUCAGAACAAGACGACUUGGAACCGGACACUUACUAUGACAAUAUUGAAAUCAAUGAGGAAGAUGAGGAGGCCCUUAAAAUGUUUAUGGCCUCAAGGCCAGAGAAAACACGGACCUUAGCUGACAUCAUUAGGGACAAAAUAACAGAAAAGAACACUGAGUUACAGACACAAUUUUCAGAUGUUGAAACAUUAAAAUUACAGAAUCUAGAUCCUAGGAUAAAAACUAUGUAUGAAGGUGUCCGAGAUGUACUUCAGAAGUACCGAUCAGGCAAGCUACCAAAAGCAUUCAAAAUGAUACCACACCUUGUGAAUUGGGAGCAAAUAUUGUAUAUUACAGAACCUACAACUUGGUCUGCUGCAGCUAUGUAUCAGGCAACCAGAAUAUUUGCAUCGAAUCUAAAAGAGAAGAUGGCCCAACGAUUUUAUAAUUUAGUCCUGUUGCCUCGUGUCAGGGAUGAUCUAGCCGAGUACAAGAGAUUGAACUUCCAUUUGUAUCAAGCAUUGCGGAAAGCCCUUUUUAAGCCUGGUGCUUUUAUGAAGGGUAUUCUUUUACCUUUGUUGGAAGCUGGAGACUGUACACUGCGAGAAGCUAUUAUCGUAGGUUCUGUAUUAGCCCGCAACUCUGUCCCAGUUCUUCACUCAGGUGCAGCUUUGUUGAAGAUAGCUGAAAUGGAUUAUACUGGAGCUAAUUCAAUAUUUCUGAGAAUUCUGUUUGAUAAGAAAUAUGCUCUACCUUACAGGGUAGUGGAUGCCUGCGUUUUUCAUUUUUUGAGGUUCCAAAUGGAAUCACGCAUGUUACCUGUCCUGUGGCAUCAGGCACUGCUUACAUUUGUACAGAGAUAUAAAGCUGACAUUUCUACAGAACAGAGAGAUGCUUUGCUAGAAUUACUGAGAAAACAAUCACACCCUACUAUUACACAUGAGAUCCGAAGAGAGCUUCAAUCUGCAAAAUGCAGAGACAUUGAAGUGAAUGCGUCCAUAGCCUCUGCAGCUAUGGUUGUAGAAUAAGUAUAUAAUAAUAAU